AUGGCUAACCGUAGUCUAACAAUGCUGGAUGAAUUUGUUCUGAUGGGACUCACAGACAGUCCUGAGCUGCAGGCUCCUUUGUUCGGGAUGUUCCUCCUCAUCUACGUCAUCUCACUGGUGGGCUACUUGGGUAUGAUCAUCCUCACCAAGGUGGAUUCCAAACUGCAAACACCCAUGUACUUUUUUCUCAGACACUCGGCAGUCACUGAUCUUGGAUACUCUACAACUGUGGGGCCCAAAAUAUUAGUAAGUUUUAUUUCGGAUGAAAAUAUAAUCUCUUACUAUUUUUGUGCUCUCCACCUGGCUUUCUUUCUGGUGUUCAUUGUUAGUGAAAUAUUCAUUCUGUCGGCAAUGUCCUAUGACCGCUAUGUGGACAUCUGCAACCCUCUGCUCUACACAGUCAUCAUGUCACAGUGGGUGUGUCGAGUGCUGGUGGCAAUCCCCUACCUCUACAGCACGUUUGUUUCUCUGCUGGUCACCAUCAAGAUUUUUAACUUAUCCUUCUGUGGAUCCAAUGUCGUCAGUCAUUUCUAUUGUGAUAGUCUCUCCUUGUUAUCUUUGCUGUGCUCAAACACACAGGAAAUUGAGUUGAUCAUUCUUAUUUUAGCUGCUUUCGAUUUGAUUUCACCCCUGCUCGUAGUCCUUGUCUCUUGUCUCCUCAUCCUUGUAACCAUCCUCAGGUUACAAGACAAAGUGGCUUCUCUUAUGUACACUCUGGUGAUCCCCAUGUUGAAUCCUUUGAUCUACAGCUUGAGAAACCAAGAUGUAAAACAUGCUUUAAACAGGACAUGGAAAAAAAUAAGCAAUAUAUUUUCUAAGGUUUGA